UUUGCACUUCGAGCAAAAACAAGAAGAACUCUUUUUGACAAACUUCUAUCAAAAUUGUUUCAACACACGUUCCUGUGGCGAUUUCAAGACUAUGUGAUUAACAUAUUUUGUAUUUAGGUAGUACAUGCAAAGUGUGUAUGCAGCUUUUAAUAUAGAAGGAAGAAAAUGGACAAUGAAGUAAAUGCAUGAAUACAUGUCGAACUUAUUCAUGAUGGUUUAAGGGUAUUCCGUGGAGUAUUGUACAUUGUAUUGUUUGUGUUGGAGGAGUAAAGGCGUGUACUGGUUGGACAUUUUCUGAAACAUAGUGAAUGAUUUGCUCACUGUCUGGAAACAAAAUCCUUUCAGUGAUAGAUAUUUCAAAGAUGUAAAACAGUGAAAAGCACAGAUGUUACAUUGUGUCUGGCCAAUUGAAGGACGUGUAAACGAAGACCUUCUUUAGUUUGAACUCUUAACGAUAUCGACCAGUUGCCUAUAGAUAAAAAAUCAUACAACGAUAUUCAAAGGUAUUUCAAGAUACCCGACCCAGCUCAUCUCAACUCAACCAUGGAUGAUUAUAUUGUUGAGAAGAAGGAAUACUCACCGAAGGAUUUUUUAGAGAAGUUCAGCAAAAAGUUGCCGAGAAUUGUCAUGAUAACACAAGGCUACUGCGGGGAAAUACAGGGGGAUACGUUUGACAGGGGAAUGGUGAUUCGAUUUCAGACCAUUUCUAGGCAAUCGAGGGUCAUUGCUCAAUUUAGAUUGGGCAAGAAUGUAAAGCACGUGAGCAUUCCACAGAAAUUUGAGCAACCGGUUUGUGUCAAAGGCACUGGCAAAAAGGCAAGGACGAUCGCUGAAAUUCUCCAAGAGCAAACUAUACCAUGCGUGGUUGAGUUUCCGAAAAAGACCAUCAUAACAGUUGGAAACCGGAGAAUAAAUACCAACAACAUUCCUGAAAUUGACCUCACAGGCACAUUUGAUGAGAUUUACCUACUUGGAAACUAUAUAGAUUCAGACAUCCUAGAGACCGAAGUCAUCCGUGUGCCACUAUAUCUCACACAGCUUCGCCUUGCCGUUGUGACGGGACACAAGAAUAAAUCUAAAGACGAAUGGCAUGCCUUUAACAAGUACCUUGACAAUCGUUGCGGUCCUAUUUUCUAUGAUACUUGUUACGGGAAUCCAGAAAUGGCACACUAUAAAGAACAACUCUCAGCGAAAGAUGGAGCGGAGCAUUCUUACGUUGAACCAUGUUCGUACAUCAAUUUCUGGUCACUUGUCCACAAACCGUACGCAAACGUAAAUUCUACAAAAACAGAAGAUGAAAUUAUUUGCGUGGGUGAAUCAUUUGAUGGCAUGGAUGCUUAUGAACCAAUGGAGAUUAUUACAAAGGCAAACACAAGUCAUUUCAAAACACGAAAUUCACAGCAGAUUAACCUGCACAAACCAUUUAUGCCGCUACCUGCUGAAAAGCCCGAUAUCGAUAUUUAUGAGAACAGCGAGACUCUAUCAGAUCAAGUUAAAGAAAACAAACAUGGCGAUGUAGAGCCGAACAGAGACGGUAGUUGCCACCUUGAGGAGAACAUACUAUUUGCAAAAUCACGACUGAAACCAGUGAAAGCGAAGCCAGAGAGCAGCGCCACAGCACAGGAAACACAUAAUAUGCCUAUAGGAGCUGAGCUUAAAGAGAAAACUCCAGCAGCUAGGCUGAAGAAUCCACCAGCACAUGGAAGUAAACCAAAACUUCCCAUCAAGCCUACAGGGUGGCUGAAAAGUUCAGAUCCUCCAGAAAUCAUCGGAAAAACAAGUAUAAAAUUGGCACAUAACGUUCAGCAAGCGAAAAUUGUCAGUCAAGAUAACACCCCGGUUCCGAGUAGUGUACGUCCUUCAGCAAUGGUAGCUCCGGUCACUGUUGACAAAGAAGCAAGCGAUCACAAGUUUCUGAAACCGGAAGCUCAGUACAUUGUAGCAAGAGUUCCCGAAACUGAUACCCAAAUCGACCUGCCGGUCGUUGAAAAACCAGAAGAUGUAUGUAAUUUAACAGUGCGUGAAGUAACUGGCUACUUAGAAAGAAUGAAUCUUAGUAGUUAUGCAAAACAAUUCUUAGAUAAUGAUGUAGAUGGAGUCCUGCUUACGGGGUUGACAAAGAAUGACCUGAUGACUGACUUUGGAAUGAAGGGAGUUGAGGCUCAGAAGAUAAUCAACUUUUGCAAAGAAGCGCACUUGCCAAAAAAAUAAAUGACUGUUUAACACCGUGCUGUUUGGAUAUUUAUUUAUAUAUAACCUUUCAAAUAUACUGUUAAUACUGCAAAUUCUUGUCCAUGUGAAGGUUCAAGUAGAUGAUAUGUACCUUAAAUAUUAAUAUUUAGGCCUUAUUUGUUUGAGCUGAAUUUUGUCUAAUGUAAUUUAUAGUGUUUGCUGAUUGAUCAAAUUAGGGUAAGGUGAAGGGGGAACCAAGCCUUUACACAGCAAGAUCAGAACACGAAUAUAGCCAAAUUGACGAUAUUUUUUUAUUUUCACGAGAAAGAAAAAAUAUCGUCAAUUUCUUUUGGAUAUGGUAUACGACCAUUGUGGUCUCGAGACUUAUAAGGCGAUUAUGACAAUGACUUGUUCUGACCAAUGUGCUCACUUGUUUUGCUAUCAGGACAGAAAAUGAUAAUGGCUGCUUAGUUAAUUAUCCAAUUACGAUCGCUGUACUUAAAAUGUUGCGCAAAACUUAAAUGCACUUGUUUGUUGUUGUUGUUGUUGUUGUUUGUAAAAUUAUGUAAAGCUGUUUGCUAUAGUCUGGUUUAACAUCUUAUUUCUGUUUGAAACUCUCGCAGAGCUUAGAAUGAUAUUUGUGUCGUCAGUGUGUAAAUUGUAUGAUAAUGUACUGAUAGUUUCCUAUUCUCGGUUUGUUAAACUUGCUGAAUGAUAUGAUAUGUAUUCAUCAAUGUGUAUUUACUGCCUAUACUGUUGUAUAUAAUUGUAUAUAAGUUCAGCUCUUCAAUUUUGGAGGAAUAAAAUAAUCUAUCUAUCUAUGUACAUUUUAAACAUAUUUAUAUCACUGCAUACUAUGAACAUUUGAGAUACUGACACUGCAGAUGUUGUUGGUUUAUAUAUUGUAAUUAAUUACGUAUUUAUGUUCAAUUUAAAUAUGUUGCUUAACCUGCAUAGUUUAUAAAUAUAAGUUUUGCUAUAAAUUGCAUAUCUCUAUACAUUUACUUUCGUAAUGAAUAUGCCGUUCUAUGUUGCAGAGUUAAUAGUAUAAACCAUUGAUAACAAUUAUUUCAGGCUAACAUAUCUGUAUAUAUGAAAGUACAUCAUGUAUCGUUGUUUAUAUUUCAGUGUUUACAUUUAGCUGAAUUGUAUCUUCUGUAUGUAGUUUCUAUGGCAUCGUUUAAUAAGGCUAAGAAAAAAAUAAUAACAUGAAUUUUACAAACGGAGGACCUGUCUUUAACGUGUUGGGUGUUUUAACGGAUAUACAGGCAAGAUAUAACUGCAAUGUGUAAAAAUAAGUUGCCAUGCACGCGGAAGUAUCCAAAUAACCUCAUCGUCACCAUUUCACUGAAAAUGACACUUUGUGAUGAUGUGCCCUAUUUGGUUAACCGUGCUUUACCCUUUACUAUGAUCUUUUACUAGAGUAUCAGCAUAUCACUGUUGUAUCAGUUUCAGUGAAUUGGCAGCAUCAGCAAAUAAAAAUGAUCGUUUGAAGUCAUAUGAAAUUACUUGUAUAUUAAACACAAUACAUCUCGUAAGAAACUGUUGAUAGGAAAUAUAAUUCAUUUCCGCCUGAUACCGCAUUAUACACUGCAUUGUUUCCCCUGGAGAUUCUAUAAUAUGACAUCGCGCUUCGAACAAUCAAGGAACGGAUAAUAUUUCCAACGAUUCAAGAUGAAAUCCCUUUGAAACGAUAUGUGCGACUAAGAACUAUCAGUUUACGUAUGUUCAUAUUGCCCGGGUGUUAAUAUUUUAUGUUUUGUUGUGAUUAUUUGAUACUUAGUAUGUGCAACUUGUAUAAUGUUUUAUUUCUAAACUAAUAAACUGGGAAAUAGU